GUUUUAUGCUUAGAAAGGAAUAGUAAUCAUUUCAGUUAAUUUUAUAACAUUUAAAACAAUUGGCUAUAAUUUUCCAUAUUUGGCAUUUCAUGGGGUGGAUAGCUGUUAACUUGCAGAUAAAUAUGAAUUUUUUUCCUCCAUAAGGUGAUCUUAAUAAUUAGACAUUGGAUUUAUAAACUCAGUGAGUCCUUGUUCAAUUUACCCACUGAAUUCCUUGUAUACUGUUCCUGGCAUAGCUUCUGCUUGAGGACUUCCUGAGGUAAAGCACUUUGUUGCCUAUGGCAACCCAUUCAGUUAUUGGAGUAGGUCUGUCAGAAUUCAUGUUGAGCUGAAAUCUUAUUCCCUGUAACACCUAUUAGUUCUAGAGUUUCUUCUUAACAACAGAACAAUUCAAGUUUUCUAGUCCGUAGAUUGAAUAUCUUCAGUUCUCAUGACAGUUUCCAGAUGCUUUACAGUCAUGGUUAGUCCUGGAUAUCCUCCCUAAUGUUUUAGUAUCCCUCUUUAAUAAGAGAACCCAGUCUGAUUAGAGUAAUUGUCAUUAACUUUUAUCUUGAUCUGGACGUAUUUCCCACCUGGUAUUGGCACAGGAUGUAGAUCUAGUCUCAAGACACUUAUGUGAACAUUUAUUUGCUGUGUGACGUAGAACAAGUUACUCUAACCCCACUGAUCAUGUUUCUUUGACUUAGAUAGUUGAAAUAUAUUCUACUUAACAGGGUGAUUGGUUUCAAAUGAAGAGCAUCUACAUGUAAGGAUACCUGUAUAAUACUAUGCGACUAGUAACAAUGCUAUCUGCGAAGCAUUUUUAAUAGGUGAUUUUUAUCGUUCUUACCACCGCUUACAAGUCUUCCCUAACCUGUGAAGCCAGCUCCCUAUUUUAUUGUUCUGUUGUGGGGGGUAAUAAUGUUUUGACAUACUUCUGUAAGUAGAGCAGUCAUUGUUUGGAUAACAUGAGGAAUUUGAUAGGGGAAGAUACCUAACUAUUAGCAGCAUGAAAAUAUUCUUUUAUAACUAAGAUAAGAAUGUAUACUGGUUAGUAGAGAGAGUGAGGAAACAUGGGGAUGUGUUAAUGGGCUUGUAUGCAAGAACUUCAUUCUGGGUGGUCUUCGGGAGUGGGCCUGUGGAUCUCAGCAGUCAUGGCCAGCCACCUCGUGCUCUACACCGGCGCCAAGAUGCCCAUCAUGGGGCUGGGCACCUGGAAGUCCCCUCCAGGCAAAGUGACCGAGGCUGUGAAGAUGGCGAUUGACCUUGGGUACCACCACAUCAACUGUGCUCACGUGUACCAGAACAAGAAUGAGGUGGGGUUGGCCAUCCAGGAGAAGCUCAAGGAGCAGGUGGUGAAGCGUGAGGACCUCUUCAUCGUCAGCAAGCUGUGGUGCACAUUCCAUGAGAAGAGCAUGGUGAAGGGAGCUUGCCAGAAGACGCUCAGUGACCUGAAGCUGGACUACCUGGACCUCUACCUUAUUCACUGGCCAACCAGCUUCAAGCACGGGAAGGAAUAUUUCCCACUGAAUGGGGAAGGCAAUGUGAUUCCCAGCGACACCAAUUUUGUGGACACGUGGGAGGCCAGGGAAGAGCUGAUGGAUGAAGGGCUGGUGAAAGCUAUUGGAGUCUCCAACUUCAACCAUCUCCAAGUCGAGAAGAUCUUAAACAAACCUGGCUUAAAAUAUAAGCCGGCUGUUAACCAGAUCGAGUGCCACCCGUAUCUCACUCAGGAGAAGUUAAUCCAGUACUGCCAGUCCAAAGGCAUCGUGGUGACUGCCUACAGCCCGCUCGGCUCUCCUGACAGGCCCUGGGCCAAGCCUGAGGACCCUUCCCUGUUGGAGGAUCCCAGGAUCAAAGCUAUCGCAGCUAAGCACAAGAAAACCACGGCGCAGGUUCUGAUCCGGUUCCCCAUGCAGAGGAAUUUGGUUGUGAUCCCCAAGUCCAUGACACCCGAACACAUUGCUGAGAACUUUCAGGUCUUUGACUUUGAACUGAGCAGCGUGGAUAUGACCACCUUACUCAGCUACAACCAGAACUGGCGGGUGUGUGCCUUGGUGAGCUGUGCUUCCCACAAGGACUAUCCCUUCAAUGCUGAGUUUUGAAGCUCUUGGUGCCUCUUCCCCUCCAGGUUGAGUCUACAGAGUUGAAAUAGUGCCACUAACGACUGGAUGUUGGCUGCUGGGAACUUUAACCCUUUCAUCCAGACUUCUUGCCUCAAAUAAAAGUUGUUUUGUG